AUUUUUCUUUUUCGUUUGGUUUUAAGCAAAAUGGAUAAAAAUCCAAUGUCUUCGCAAUAUGAAAUUACUACAGCUUUAUUGAAGCAAGAACGGGAAAAGAAUAAGAAAUUGUUAGAAGAAAAUCAAGAGAUGAAAUUGUCAGUGACCAAAUUACAAGAAGUGGAACAAUUAAAGCUCGCAAAAGAAGAAAAUAAGAAGAUGAAAGCAAGAAUGGAUUUAAUGCAGAAGAAAUAUCAAGAAAAAUUGAAAGAAUUACAUGAAAAAUUGAAAGAUUUACAGGAAAAUCCACUAUCUUCGGAUCUUGUUACAAACUACAGAAGAGUAUCAAAUUUAUUCGAGCUAGAAAAAGACAAAGCCAAUAAACUGGAAGAAGAAAAAGAAGUGAUGAAAUCUUCACUGCCUCACUUAUAUCAAUUUCAACUUGAAGCAAAGCGAGAAAAAGAAGAGAAUAAGCAAUUGAAAGCAGAAAUGAAUACAAUGAAGAUUAAAUUAGACCAAUUACAAUCUCUGGUUGAUUGGCAAGAUCGACGUGAGAUGUAUGGACUUGAAAUAUUUCAACCGAAAAUACAUCAACUUCCCGAUAGGAAUAUGGAACUGGAGGAGGACUCGUUUAUGCUUGAACCGUUACAAGAAGAACAACCCAAAUUACAAGAAGAACAACCCAAAUUACAACAAGAACAGCCUCGCAAAGUCUCGACGUUUAGCUUGGUAUUUGAUGGGAGUCCCGAAGAUCUGGCAGAGCCAGAAGUCUUUAGAAUGCGUGAUAAGAAGAAAGUUGUUGAUGAACACAUUGUUGAAGAACGCCUCAUCAAAAAAGUUCGAUUUGUAGACGAAAAAGAACAAAAGGAAAAAGAAGUUUCAACAACAACAAAAGAAAAAGAAGGAAAUACUAAAGAAAAGGAGUCUAUUCCUGUUAAGAAGCCUCUACAAAAAGAAUUGAACAUGCCAUCAAAAGUUCCAGCAGCUCCAAUAAUUGCAAUAAGUAGUCAUUUGGAGCAGCAAAACAUCUCAACGACAAAAGAAGCAAAAGAACGAGGCAGAACUGAUAUUAAGAUUAAGCCUGCUAAUCAACAAAGCGACAAAAAUGAUGAUGGGGGAAAUCGAAAGGAGAAGCCAAAGAAGAGAGUUGCCGAUGAACACAUUGUCAAUGAACGCCACGCCAUUAGAAAAAUUCGAUUUGUAGACGAUAAAAACGAAAAGGAAAAAGAUGUUUCAACAGCAACAAAAGAAAAAGAAGGAAAUACUAAAGAAAAGGAGUCUAUUCCUGUUAAGAAGCCUCUACAAAAAGAAUUGAACAUGCCAUCAAAAGUUCCAGCAGCUCCAAUAAUUACAAUAAGUAGUCCUUUGGAGCAGCAAAACAUCUCAACGACAAAAGAAGCAAAAGAACGAAGCAGAACUGAUAUUAAGAUUAAGCCUGCUAAUCAACAAAGCGACAAAAAUGAUGGGAAAAUUCAAAAAGAGACGCCUAAGGAGAACAAAAUUAAGCGAUCAAGAGGAAAGAAUAAGUCCAGAAGUGAAAGGAAGAAAAGAGGGCGUGAAAACGCUAAUAUAGAAAAGCUGAAAAAUGAAGGGCGUCCAAACGCUGAAAUAAAGAAGCUGAUAAAUAAAGAGAAGAAGAGGAGGCAGGAAGUAAAGAAUAAGAAAAGAAAUUAA